AUGGGAACCGUCGGAACCGAGGAACCACAUAUCCAGCAGAACCUCACAAGCCCCGCCCCCUCCACCUCUGACCUGCUGGAGACGGAUGAGUUCCUCGGUCCGUCUGAGUGUAUCAACAACAAGCCGACCCGGGCGUCGUGUGACCUGGUGUUCUGUUCUCCGUGGGAACGUUGCAUUCACGGGUUUUGCGCCUGCAAGCCGCCGUACCUCUGCCCGUUGGAGGGCGGAACUCCGGUCUGCGGGCGGAACGGACGGACGUACCGGUCCUACUGCCAGGUGAUGGCGCUCUCCUGCCGGACGGGGAGACCUAGCAUGUCCCACUUUGGUUCCAACUGCAGCGCUGAUGGAUCAACUUUCAGCACCUCAGUAGAGCCGGACGUCGGCCUCGUGAAGGUCUCGGUUCCUGAUGGUUCCGGGAAGGUCCAGGAGCUUCUGGUUUGUGCGAACCGGUGGAACAUGGCGGCUGCUAACGUGGCGUGCAGAGAGACGGGAGAAUCCAGGGGUGCCGUGGCUGCUGGCCGGGUUCCGUUGGAGUUCCUGAGCCCCGCCCACCAGCUGCUGCGCCGCUGCGUCAGCAUCCGUUGCCACGGUUACGAGACGUCGCUGGCCGAGUGCAUCAUCCAUGACAAGGAGGACGUCGGAAACAGACGUGUUGCUACGGCAACCUGCCACCAGCCGGCAGCAGAACCAGAACAGGACGGGUGCGGCUUCGCCUGUGUCUCCAGUGGGAAAUGUGUUCCUCUGAACAGAACCUGCGACGGAGUCGACGACUGCGGAGAUCGAAGUGACGAGAUGUGCUGCAAGAAGUGCAGGAAUGGAGCGUUCUGGUGUUCCUCCGGUGUUUGUAUCCAUGAAGACUCCAUCUCAGACGGAACCAUCGACUGUCUGGAUGGAGCCGACGAGAAGACGUCGCACAGCAAGCUGAAAAUGAGCAGGGACCACCUGGAGGCCCAGGUGUCCUGCGGCGUCCCCAACGCCACGUUGGCGGACGUCACGUCCACGGCGGACCGUGGGCGGGGCAGCCGCGUCAAGAGGGUGGUGGGAGGAGAGGAAGCUAACCCGAUGCAGAUCCAGUGGCAGGUCGCUCUGGAGGAGAACAAGAAGAUUGACUGUGGAGGAGCUUACAUCGGAGGCUGCUGGGUUCUCACUGCAGCGCACUGCGUCAGACCCAGCCCCUCGGCCUUCAAGGUGAAGUUCUCUCUGUGGAAGAAGACUCAGUCUCAAGACACCACCGACAUCGUCCCUGUGGAGGAGGUCAUCAUCCACCCAAAAUACGUUCCGACCACGUAUGAGAACGACAUCGCGCUGCUGAGGCUGCAGAAGCUCAACCUGCUGGACCGCUGCCUGGAGGAGAACCCGGCCAUCAGCGCCGUCUGCGUUCCGUGGUCCAGUCACAUGUUCCAGAGCGGCCACAGCUGCAGCAUCUCCGGCUGGGGGCGCACCGCCGGCGGUGAAUCCACUCAGGUUCUGCGAUGGGCCAACGUGUCGCUCAUCGGCGGCUGUGAGAGGUUCUACGGAGAACGCUUCAAACCGGGCAUGAUGUGUGCAGGGGACCUGCAGGGGGGCGUGGACUCCUGUCAGGGGGACAGCGGCGGUCCUCUGGUCUGCCAGGACCAGCUGGGCGUCUCCUACCUCUGGGGCAUCGUGAGCUGGGGGGAACGCUGCGGAGAACCGGGGUUCCCCGGAGUCUACACACAAGUCUCUCACUACUUCGAGUGGAUCCGACUCCACACCGGCUGGUCCACCGUCACCAGAUUCAACUCCUGA